GUGUGGUCGUUUUCCCCCCUUGACAAGAUCACCCUCGUCCGCCUAGAGGAGACAGCGCCAGGCUAGACAGUAUCGCCAAUAUGGACGCCGCUCUCUACAAAGAACUGCUCGUCCAACGUGGUCUGACCUACCGCUACUAUCAGUCUCCUUCCACGCACGGAAAGCCCACUUUAGUCUUCCUGCAUGGCUUCCCAUCGACCGCGGCAGACUGGCAGAAGCAAGUGGCCUACUUUCAACCGCUCGGCUACGGAAUACUUGCACCUGAUUUGCUGGGCGCGGGAGGCACCGCUAAGCCUCUCGACCCCAAGUCGUUCCGGUUGAACGACAUGGCGCGCGAUGUCAUGGACAUCCUCGCCGCCGAAGGAAUCGACAAGGUGAUAGGCAUUGGUCACGACUGGGGCUCCGUGAUGCUUGCUCGUCUUGCGCUGUUGUACCCGGACACGUUCCACGCCUACGCCUGGAUGGGGCUCGCCUUCAUGGCGCCGUACACCACCGAGUUCGACCUCGACGCGACAAUGACGCAAAUCAAGGCGGCGUUCGGGUACGAGGGCUGCGCGUACUGGCAAUUCUUUCUUAAAGACGAUGCACACCGCGUCAUCCAGCAGCAUGUCGACAGCUUCUUGCAGCUGGUGUAUCCGAACGAUCCAGACGCAUGGCUCACUCACAUCGUGCUGCUGGGGAAGACGGCGGAAUGCGUAGAGGGCGACCUGCAACUUGGCCGCCCGUCCUACAUCGACGACCAGAUGUACGCCGCGCUCCGUGACAACAUUCUCACAAACGGCGUCCAGUCGUCGUUAAAGUGGUACAACGCGCAGGCCGAAGGCGUCGACCUGGAAGAUAACCGCAAAUUCACCGAAGACGACCUGAAGCUCCGGGCACCAUCCUUCAACGUCCUCCCUCUCAAAGACGCCGUGUGCCCGCCCCAGAUCGUCAAGUCGACCAUGCCAAAGUACGCGUCGGACAUCGAGUUCCUCGAGGUCGCGAGCGGGCAUUGGCCCCAUCUUCAAUGCGCUGAGGAGGUGAACGUCGCCCUCCACCGCUGGCUAGAGGCCCGGGGAUGGUGAGCAACUGUUGUCCGGGCGAGCGACGUACGAAGCUGCAAUACAUGUAUCUCCGGUGUUCCCUCUGUAUCAUCAUGUUGCAUGGGUUGUUUCACG